CGCGGAGCUGGACCAGGAGGAGGUGGGAAGAGGAGCAUCCCCCUCCAGGAGGAGCUUGUAUCUAGUCCAGAAAGCCGUCCGGUUCAUGGGCCUGCCUCUGCUGCCAAAGCAAAGCAAUAACCAGACCACGAGGUGGGAAGAGGCGAAUCUAGACGGACGUUCAGCUCUUGUGCCGAAGCAAGAACCACAGCAGAGAAGCGGGAGAGGAGGGGCGAGAAGAGGAGAGAAGCCGGAGAGACACUUGGCCCUUACGGGACUUGAACGCGUGACUUCUCAUCCGUGGUAAUCCUGGUCUGGUACCGAAGACAGAACCAGAGCAGGAGCGGACGAACCAGAGCCGGAGCUGUGUUCCACGUGGUGGGAAGAGGAGUGAACGGAAGUGAAAAAAAAAAAAGGAAAAAAAAGAAGAAAAAGAAAAAAAGAAAAAGAAGAAGAAGAGCAACAACAACAAAAAGAGUGAAGCGAGAGAGGACUCUCAGCUCUGGUGCCGCGGCGAAUAUCAGAGCAGGCGCCAAGCCAACCAAGAGCCGGAGCUGGGCCAGGCAGGAGAAGUCAGGCCACAUCCAUUUCUCCUAGGAAGUGUAUCAGCUGCACACCCACCACCGGGCUUUGGAGGUGGGAAGCGACUGAGAAUGGAGCAGAUCAUCACUACCACCGGCGCAACGAGCAUCAGACUUGGGCCCUCCCCACACAUAUCAACCGUGUACUCUCAUCGACAUCAUCCAUGCUCGGUCCGUUCCCGAGAAACUGUGCUUCCGGGAACAAUAAGAUGGCGAGGAGCAGCAUCAACCGUGCCUGUGUCCGUGCCCCUGCCAACAUCCCAAUAUCGCCAGUGUGUGUCAGGGGUUGUUUGUGGUCACAGGAGACAUGGCUCUGUCCUGGUGAGCAGGCAAUGCAAGCAAUCUUCUCAAAGCAGGGCAACCAACAGAGGUCCAGAGGAGAGAACUUCGUCCUCAUCAUUUUGUCCUCCUCUUCGUGCUGUUCCUCCUCCUCCUCCUCCUCCUUGUCCCCCUCGGAAUCAGCAGAGGUUGCUGCCGACAACGAGGAGGAAAAACUUUCGCAGACUCUCAUCCCCUCUCUACAGCCACCACUCUGGCUGGUCGGAUCCAAUUGCAUCAUACGGAGGGAGAUUGGUGUUGAAUAACUGCCGAGGAGGACGGACAGAAGGGGUGCAGAUCUCCUCCUCUGCUGGCCGCUCCCUGCAACCAUGCUUGUCGGGGUCUUUCCUGGGGAGGUGCAUUUGUUUGCGUCAAGGUGCUCCAGCUCCUUCCCACCAUCAACACUCGGAGAGAAGAAAAUGGCUGCCGAUACCACCAACACGGUUGGUCUUACCAAGGAGUGUGUAUAUUUCUGCCCCAGCAUCCCCAGAUGUCGAAAACAUGGAAGGACGGCCAAAAGAAGGUGAGAUAAGUUCGAGCAUUCUUCCUCCGGAGCCGUCCAAGCCGGUCAUCACGUUUCCAUUUAUCUUGAGCUUGAUGAUGAAGAACAAACUGAGGCUGUUCCUGGCUUGCUUGUCCCUGAUUGCGGGGACCACUAGUGUCCUUAUGAUGCCCCGCUACUCCGGAAGGUUCUUUGAAGUGAUCGCGGGCAUCACUCCCGGUUCAAUCAAGGACCUUCUUUUGCGUCUCGCUGUCUAUUAUACUGUCGAAGCUGUGAGCACCGUCAUCUUUAUCAGCAGUAUGUGUGGGAUGUGGGAGAACGUGAUCGCUGAGGUGAGAGUAGCGGUCUUUGAGCGGAUCAUCACACAGAAGAUUCAGUUCUUCGAUACCCACAAGGUUGGCGAAUUGACGGCCUUGAUGUCAAACGACGUAAAUGCCGUAAGGGACUUAGUAUUUGACAAUGUGUCCCGAGAUCGAGGGCUGCGAUCGAUAUCUGAAGUCCUGGGAACAUUGUCUAUGCUCUGGCUCUUGUCUCCACAGAUUGCUCCCAUCCUGGGACUGCUCAUAGUGUGCUUCUCAGCCGGGUUCUCGCUCUUCCGGCGCACCAGCAUUCCGUUCUUCAUCCAUCACUCCAAGUCUCAAGUUCACAUCUCUGAAGUUGCAAACGAGACCUUCGCCGCGAUCCGUACUGUCCGAUUGUUUGGCGGGGAAACGAAACAGAUGGACAAACUUCAAGUCCAGUUGGGGGCCUCUCUCAAGAAUGGCAUAAAGCUCGGAUUCCUUAAGGGGUGCAAUGAAUCGUUUACGCGAAUUGCAGUCUAUCUUUCCUUAAUUGCUGUCUAUACGAUUGGUGGUAUGCAAGUCGAGAAAGGUACUCUUCCCGUACGUGCAAUGGUUGCAUUCAUUGGCUACACAUUCACCCUCACGUUUGCGAUGCAAGGCCUUGUGAACACCCUGGGCGAUCUCCGGAAAACCAUCACUUCCGUAGAAAGAAUCAAUACAGUUCUCGCCAAUGCUGAACCCGAUAGUGCACUUAUGGCAAGCUUGAAGAGAAACCGCGAGAAGAAUGCAGACAUUUCAGGAUCCCCGGAGUGUGAACCCACAUUUCUUCUCCCAGAGCAAAUCCUUGACAGUGACAAGGAGAAAGAGGAAGGCCGCGAGGGUGGCGAAGCUGGUGAUCAUUCUGUUGGCGACCAUCAUGAUGGAGGAAUACCCAUCGAUGUGAAUGGGCUGGGGCGGAUGGAGCAGGCAACGGAACUUGUUCGUGCUGAGGAUGGGCAGAGUUCCCCAAUAACUGCAGCAGGGGUCGUCGGCACAAGAAGCGUCUGCAAUCUUGCUUGGAACGGCAGUAUUGCCAUUGAAGGUGUGACGUUCGCGUACCCCGCUCGGUCCGAUGUGACCGUCUUGGAUGCAGUGAAGUUCACAAUGCCGCGGGGCAAGGUCACUGCUCUUGUCGGUCCAAGCGGUUCUGGGAAGAGCACGAUUGUGCAGCUCAUCUCAAGGUUUUACGAACCCACCGAUGGGAAAAUCACCUUGAGUGGACUGGAUAUUCGAGACUUUGAUAAGAGGGAGUGGGCGUCAGCAAUCGCGGUCGUCAGCCAGGAGCCGGUGCUCUUUGCGAUGUCGGUGGCCGAGAAUAUCGCAUACGGCUUGCCUGCUCUUGCAAGGCCUAGUCAAGAAGCGAUUAUCGAGGCUGCCAAGGCAGCAAACGCACACGACUUCGUCGUUGCUCUGCCGCAUGGGUACAACACCAUGGUAGGGGAGAGAGGGGGUCUGCUGAGUGGGGGACAGAGACAGCGGAUUGCAAUUGCGAGGGCCUUGCUCAAGAACUCGCCCAUCCUCGUACUUGACGAGGCGACCAGUGCUCUCGACAGCGUAAGCGAGCAGCUCGUUCAGCAGGCUCUUAAUCACCUCAUGAAAGGACGGACGUCCCUCGUGAUUGCUCACAGACUAAGUACCACGCAGUCAGCAGACCAGAUCAUUGUCCUCGAUAAGGGGAGAGUCCUUGAGAUCGGAACCCAUCAGGAGCUGGUCGAACGGGGUGCUCUUUAUGCCAACCUCGUCAGCAAUCAGCGCCUUGUUUUCGAAUGAUCGUCCGCCUGAGGAUGAACCAGCUUGUUCUCGAAUGAGCUUCAGAACGUAGCCGCUUGUUUUCGAGUGAGCAUCAGGUGGAUUUACCGGUUUGUUGCAAAUGAGCAUCAGCAAUCGGCGGCUUGUUUUCGAAUGAGCAUCAGCAUGAGAAAGUACCACACACCCUUGGCGGAUCGGAUCCUUGUCUUCACAAACACACAAGCAAACAUUGCUCGAGAUGGAAACAAACCAGAAGCUCAUCCAAAAAGAUGCCCCUACGACGGAAGACCGAUUUAACCACAAGUGGCCUCAUUUUGCAUGUGGAGAGGAAGACGGAUAUCCCUUGUAAUCACUCACAAGUACCACACAGGCAGUAAACACGUCCUUAUCGA